AAAUGAAGCCAAAAAUACCUGAAAAAUAGACUUAGGGUGUAGAAAAAAAGAUUAUCUGCAAGACUUAUCCUUUUAAGCUUUUUUUAAAGCUGAAAUAUUGUGAUUUUGAAAACUAUUUUUGUUGUAAAAAUGGACCCUGCCUUGUUAAGAGAGAGAGAAGCUUUUAAGAAACGAGCUCUCUCCAAUCCAGUUGUUGAAAACAAAAAGAAAGAUACUGGUGAUCCACCACCAAAGAAAAAGCAGAAGUCAGCUCCUCAACCUCGACAGCAAAAAGAUUUUAACUAUAAAACCUAUGGUGGAAGUUCACAAAACAAUUUUGGAAUACUUGCUAAGAUUGUGAAGCAUAUGAAAACAAGACAUUUAAGUGGUGAUACUUACCCUCUCAGCCUUGAAGAAAUUCUCGAUGAAACUAAUCAGCUAGAUAUAGGAAUUCGUCAGAAAAAUUGGUUGAUGAAUGAAGCCUUACAAAACAAUCCUAAGCUGCAAGUUAAUGCUGAAGGUAAAUACCUUUUCAAGCCACCUUAUAAUAUUAAAGAUAAACGAGGACUUUUGAAACUUCUGGAUAAGCAUGAUCAAAGAGGAUUGGGAGGCAUUUCCUUAGAUGAUAUUGAAGAAUCAAUUCCUAAUGUUGAAAAAGCAUUAAAGAGCUUAGGUGAUAAUAUUAUUCAGAUAACUCAGCCUAUGAAUAAGAAAAAAGUCUUAUUUUACAAUGAUAAAUCAACACAGUUUACUGUGGAUGAAGAAUUUCAAAAACUUUGGCGGAGUGUUGCUGUUGAUGGUCUGGAUGAUGAAAAAAUAGAAGAAUAUCUACAAAAACAAGGAAUUACAUCCAUGCAAGAUAUGGGUGUUAAGAAAGUUACUCCUGUUCAAAAAAGAAAGAAGCAAUCUAAUAGAAACAGAAACUUUAAAAAGCUUAAUCAACACAUGAGUGACAUUUUGGAAGAUUAUACUGAUAAAAACUGACAUUUUUUGAUAGUUAAAUUAUGCAUUCUAUAUUCUGUACAUUAUUACAUGUUAUUAAAAUAUUUAUAUUCAUUC